AUGAGUUUUGGGUCAAGUGUGAAGAAAGAAGAGUUGGGCAACAAUCUAAGUUUGGUUGUGUAUUCUACUGAUACUGUGAAAUCUGCUCUGCCUUCUUCUGAAAUUGCUGUGUCCCCGAUUGAGAUCUGUCCAUCUGAUAAUCCCUCAAAUUUGCCCACUGAGAUUGAGGCUGCUAGUAAUUCAAGCCCUCAUGCAUCUGAUCAAAUAGAUGGGGUGCCUGUCUUUACAUCUUCAUCUUUGGCCGAGAGCCUGGAACACGUCCGGCAUUUUGCAGGAUUACCCUCUACCUCGAUUCCAGAACCGUAUCGAGUUAUUCAUCCUUCUGAGUCCUCUAGUGAAGACGAGAAGAUUCUUGCUGAAGUGUAUGGCUCACAAGCCCCGUUGUCUAGACCCCCUACUGUUGAAGCUACAACGCAUCCAGAUUCAACCACUUUCAAGAUUCGAGCGAUUACCAAUCUUCUAGGAACCUCAUCUGCCCCAAUAUCAGACACAAGCCACUCAGUUUCACCAAGCCCUUCUAAGCCUUCCCCAUCCAAGGAAACUAGAAAAUCCAAACGCAAGAGUGCCCCUGUAAAAGUUGUUGUUGAAUCAGGUGAUGACAAUCUUGAUGUGGCUCAACCUGAGAAGAGAAUAAAGUCUGCUGAAUCAGUAAAAACUGAAGUUGAUCCUCCCGUGCAACAAGUGUUCAAAACCCUGCGGUCAUCUGUCAAGACCAAGGCACCUGCUGUGGUUCCUACUACUUCUACCCGGAAAGGAAAACCAACUACUUGCUCAAGAGGACGAAGUACCACACCUGAGGUUCAACCUACUACGGAGAAUCCUGACACCACCAUCUAUAAACCUCAGUUUGCAUCUUCUUCUGCUCAAGGAAAAUGGUCCACGAUGAUCCAGAGAGAUCUUAUAGUUCAGAGGUCCGUUGAUGAAAACCAGUUGAACUCUGUUUGCGACAUCUUGCCCUUGCUGAGUGAUGUGGGCCUCUUGAAGACUGUCACCUCCAUCUGUCCAUAUUCGAAGCUACUGACUUACGAGUUCUAUUGUAAUCUUAAUGAGGAGAUUGACAAUUUGACAGGGACGCGGUGCAUGCAAAUCUUCAUCCGGGGAAAAUGGUAUGUCUUCGGUCCAGAUGUGAUAAAUGAAUAUUAUGGUUUGAAGGGUGUUGAUGAAGAAGAGAUAACGGACUGGGAUUUGGUGGCAAAGACCCUUACAGGUGGUCAAACCUCUGCAUGGCCUACGGAUGAUAUUGAUACUCUGUUUAGCUCGAAACUCACCUCUAAAUAUGACAUUCUGCACCGUAUUGCUCUUCACAACUGGCUACCAUCUGCUCAUUUUCAUACGGUUGGCAAGAAAUUGGCAGCUCUCCUGUUUCGGAUUGGAACUAAAAUGUCGAUUGACCUAGGGUCAUGGAUCUUUUAUCAUAUCCUCACGUUGAUUCAUCCGCGAGAACAGAAGGUAAGGUUACCUUUUCCUAACCUUAUAUUUGGGGUUCUGACAUCACAGGGCCUUGUGCCAAUGCCUAGUGAGGUUAUCAGUCCGACUCUUCUGUAUACUGUUGAUCAUCGCCUUCUGACUGGAAAACACAUUCGCGAUGUUACGCCGGUGAAUGCUCCUCCCUCUCCUGACGCUGACAAUGUGGAUGCUGAUUCCCCACAUGCGAAGGAUGUUCAACUCUCUCUUCGCUUGAAGGCCCGGGUAUCUGAACUUGAGACUGUUCAUGGAAUUAUUACGAAGCAGCUAACUGCGGCCCGUACCGAAUUGGCUACCGUUUUUCUCCGCUUGAGCUUGACUGAAUCUGCUACUGCUGAUGCUGCUAAGUCCGACAGUGAGGACCCUUCCAAUGCUUGA